AUGACUGGUGCGGUUUCGUUGAUCUUGUCGGUUGCGACUUUCGCUUGGACGUCGGGAAGCGGACCUGCGGUGAUUGCUGCGGCUUUUGCUGCUACGUUCGCUUGGCCGAUUGGUAGCAUUGCUACGGUAUUCCUCUUGGCUGGGGUCCUCUCUUGGCCGGGUUGCGCUCUCGCUAAUCUGGAUGUUGAAGAAUAUAUCAGCAACUGGUUGGUAACUAUGUUGAAAUCUAGAAUUAUUACUGCAAGUCUUGGUAACAGCGUUAAGUCCAAACGAGUUGAACGAGGCACACCUCAGGGCGGUGUAAUCUCUCCACUACUUUGGCUUAUCGUUGUUAAUACGAUUCUUAAGGAACUGGACAACAGAGGGAUAAAGGUCGUUGCCUAUGCGGACGACGUUGUGAUACUGGUAUCAGGAAUGUUCCCAGACGUGAUUAGCGAUAUUAUGUCUGGUGCUCUGGUGCUGCUCAGUAAUUGGGCCACAGACAGUGGUCUAGGAGUAAAUCCAAACUCCAAAUUAUCAUGGAAACUCAACAUCCAGCACAGAGUCAAGAAGGCAACGGUCGCCUACUAUACCUGUCGUAAGAUGUUUGGAAUGAAAUGGGGACUUAGUCCCAACAUAGUUAAAUGGAUGUACACAGCCAUAGUACGUCCUAUUCUUACAUACGGAUCUCUUGUAUGGUGGACUUCAACUAAGAAGAAGUUUGUUGUGGAUCAACUAUACAAAGUUCAGAGAUCAGCAUGCAUUGGGAUAACAGGUGCCAUAAGAACUAGUCCUUCAGAAGCUCUGAACACUAUAUUGCAUAUCCUACCCAUAGAUCUGCACAUAAUGACCAUAUCUGCUUGUAGCGCAGUAAGACUUAACUCAUCCGGAAGUUGGAUAUCAAGAACAUAUGGACACGCUAAGAUUUUAAGCUUGCUACCUCCAAUCUUGAACCAACCAUCCGACUAUAUUACCCCACACACGGACUUUGAUAGAGUCUUCAAAGUCAGAGUUCCUUCCAGGAGCGAGUGGUGUAGAGGUAAUCUACCGAGCGAAUAUACCACCAGAAUCUUUACAGAUGGUUCUAAAAUGAACUGCGGCGUUGGUUCUGGUGUCUUUUGUGAAGAAGCUGGGGUAAGUAUAUCCCAUCGUCUUCCCAACAACUGUAGUGUCUUUCAGGCUGAAAUUUUUGCGAUAAUGUCAGCCUGUAGGGUGUUACAUGACCUCAAUAUUCGCGGCAACAUAGGAAUCUUUGUCCGAAGUCAAGCGGCACUUCUCUCAUUAAACUCUUAUACUACUACUUCCUUAUUAGUCAGACAAUCAAAAUCUGUCAAUGCUGGGUCGGCUGUCUCUGACACCUUGUUUCCCUCUUUGCGCAUGCGCACUACUACUAUAUAUACAUGA